AUGGCGGCAGCGGGAGCAGCAAAGCAGGUCAUCCGCCGGGCACAGCUUUAUGGUGAGUUCAAUGCCAAUCUCAUCGCCAAGAGUGGCAUUAAGAACCAUUGCUACUCGGAAGCCAAUCCUGACUGCCCCUCUCAGUCCCCGGCUCCUCCAUGCGCUUCCUCGAAAAGUCCCGCUCGAUCCCGGCCGUGGACUCCAUCUGCUACGACCUCGAAGACUCCGUAACGCCCGGCAAGAAACCCGAAGGCCGUCGCAACGUCCUGGAAAUCCUCAACCGCGACCGUGCUUCUGGAAUCCGUGAGCAGGCCGUCCGGAUCAACGCGGUGGACUCGGGCUACGCUCUGGAGGAUCUCACGUCCAUUCUCAAGGGCAAACAUCUGGACUGCCUUGUCGUGCCGAAAGUCGACGCUCCGAAGGAUUUACACUUCGUCACGGACGUUUUGAGGCAGAUGCUGCCGGAGAGGCAUGCCGCGGGGAGUGAGAAUCCCGUCAAGAUUGUCGCGCUGGUGGAGAGCGCCAAGUCGGUCAUGGAUCUGAACGCCAUCUGCAAGGCGUCGCCCUACCUCUCCGGCUUGACGUUUGCCGCCGAAGACUUUGCUAUGGAUCUCAGCAUCACGCGCACGCCGAGCCUGCAUGAGUUCAUGUAUGCCCGGGGAGCCAUUGUCAUGGCAGCGAGGGCGCACGGCCUUCCGUCGACCAUCGAUCUCGUCAGCACGACGUUCCGAGGCGAGGAGGGAAAGCAGCAACUGCGAGAGGAGAGUGAGAAUGGCAAACGCUUUGGUUUCAAUGGGAAGCAAUGUAUCCAUCCCGAUCAGGUCAGCGUGGUGCAGGAGGUGUACUCUCCGUCUGAGAAGGAGGCGGAGUGGGCCGUGCGCAUCGUCAUCUGCGACAAGAAGGCCGACGAACAGGGUCGUGGGGCGUGGACGAUGGAUGGAAAGAUGAUUGACGUGCCGGUCGUAGGCAAAGCGAAGGCUGUUGUUGCGAAAGCCGAAGUUUGUGGAUUCGAUGUCAAGAGUUUGAUGGAGAAGUUUAAAGAUGAGCAGCCUCAGUGA